AUGCGUCUCUCCGGUGUCCGUUUCCCUCGAUGUCGCAGGACAUGCGCACAUACAGAGCCUCUACCUCUGUGGCGAAAGAACAUCUGCGACUGGAGUCGCCGUGGCGAUGUGUUAAAAGCGCCCCGAGGUGCCGCCGAGGAAGCAAAAUCCCUCCCGCCAGGACCUAAUCUGCCUGGGGGGGGAGCGACGCAAACCGGCCCCGCGUCUUGCUUGGACAGAGAAUUCCACGCCGCUGACUCCUUACAGUUGGUUUUACCCGAGUACAUUGGGGGCAGAGAAAGAGAGCUCUUUGCUUUCGAUUCCCCAAAACUCAGGUUCGGUCAGUGCCCAAAGUGUCGCCUGCUUCGACGGUGGCUCGGCGGCCCAGUGCCCGUGUCGCCGGCGAACCUUGAGGUGGGUAACUCCCCGAUCAAGGCCCCAGUCCGUUCUUCAGACCUCUCCGUUGGAAGAAAUCCCGGGAUUUGUCGGUUUUCGACAGUCGCCUCUGUCCGGCGUUCCGGACCAGGUAGGCCUAGCCCGGAGCUCGCAUCCCCCGACGAGGCUGCAUUCUCUGCAGAUUUGACUCUGUCCACGCCUGCCGACAGCUGUGACGUUCUCUCCAACGCCCACGAAGAAUGUACCGAUCCCGGAAGCAAGUGGAGCUCACUGCUGACUGCCGAAACGUUCACAAAAGAUAACCGCUCAGAGGAUGUUCAGAACGCAGCCAUGGCUCCGCCGCAUGGCUGCCGGGGACCUGGGCCACUGACAAUGCUGCAACACCAGGGAAGAGAUGCCGGUGUGACGCAAGGAGAGGAGACGGGGCAGUCUUUUGAAGGCAACACGCUGGACACAACGCUUGCGCUCUCCGACGUGUGCGACCGCAUUCUCUCUUCAGAAGAAGAGGCCGCUCGACUCCUAAUCCUCGAAGGUGCCGACCUGGAUGCUCGCGUGGGCGGCUUCGAAGGAGCCUGGCAGGUUGUGCGACGCCUCGCCGAGCAGCCCAGCCGGAUCCAGUCCCCGAGUACACCUGGCUCACAGCAGGCGCGUAAAGCUUUCCAGGAUUCGCGGCCGACUGGCGACAAGCCGAGCAGCGAAACGGACGGACACUGCACGGCGCCUACCACCUCUGCUGUGGUGAAUCCUGCAGUCGUCUCACGAACUCCGUCCGAUCCAGCAAGACUCGAAGAUGAUUGGCAAUGGCCAGAGCGAGAGCGCAGUGGCUGCUGGCAGCAUGUUGCUCAGCACGUGUUCACGCUUUCCCCCUUUCUCCCUGUGGCCCCGGCGCAGGUCUCCAGCGGAACCGGGACGCGCCCGACAGCGCGAGAGGCUUCAGACAGGUCCCCACGUGCAACAGAAAAUGUGGCAGGCGAAGUUGACACAUUCGGUUGCGGACCAACGCGGGGAACAGAGUGGAGCCGUUCCCAGACGGACCACCAAGUGCUCUUGCCGCUCGCGUCUGCCUCUUCGCGUCUUCUGAACAUGUCUCUUGGGCUGCCACCGGGGCAAGUCGUUUUCAGUCUUCUCCCGGAAAAUGCCGACGCGACGAACGCCAGUCGAUCGGGGUGGGGGUUUCCAGAGGCGCCGCACCCCCGUGAGGACGGUGCACGCAGCCGGCGAGUGGUGGGGCCUUCAGCGGACGGGGGGACAGCGGGAAUUUGCGAACGUUUACUGCUGCCUAUUGUGUAUCGCGCAGGUCACGGAGCCGCGCACAAAGACACGGCGACACCGGACGCACCAGCCGCGAAGGAGCACAGGUGCUCCGGUUCGCUCCCGCUAGAAAGAGAAGCGAACUCUGAGGGCUUGUCGCCAACCGUCUUCUGCUACCCGAUUUUCUCCAGGGGGUCUUCUCUUCACUCCAUCCUCCCGUACGUGACCAAAGGACGCACCGGUCCCCAGACGCGGCACCCCACGCUGUGGCGGGAAGCCCGUGGGGAACCGCUAGGAAUGCACGUGUCUCCUGGCCGACUCCGGGACUCUUCGGUCCCGACUCCGAUGAGCUCUCGCCCCAGGUGCAAUGGCGACGACUUCCUUGGUCCUGUGCUGCAGCGGCGGAGUUGCCUGGAGCCGGCGGAGAACCUUUUCCUUUUGUUUGCCUUCUCGUCCCUUCCGGCCUCCUUCAGUGGCCUGCCGGCGUCGCUGAAUGCACCGGGACGCAGCUAUCCCGACACGGGCCAUGGUCCAGUGGUGAGGAGCUGCGCUCGCGGCCUGGCGUUACGACAGGCUGAAGACGCAUUCGGCGGCACAGGCACGUCCCAGGCGUCUCCACAGUUCCCUGAGCUCGUGAGACAGCUUCUUCGCCAAGUUUUGCCGAGUCUCCCGAGCCUGCAUCCGCAUCUUCUCCUGGACGUCCUGUCCUCGAGUCUACGCCUGUCACGCUUGAGUGCGGCUCUUCAGUCCACAGUGGAUCGUGGCGUGCAAAGUGGCGAGGCAAGGCCAGCGCAACGCCGCAGCCGUGGGGGAAGCCUUGCGCCUUGUCCGUCUGACUUUUUGGUGGUUCUCGAGGCGCUUCUGCCCAGGCUGCUGGCACUUGCUGCGCCCCAACAAUCGGAGGGUCAACAUCAAGACGUUGAACUCUGGGAAAGGGCAGGCAACGGGCGAGAGUUUGCCGAAACAGACAACGGCACGAACGCCGCGUCACUGCGAUCAGCGGAAGGCGAAGACCGUCCAGCCUUGCCUCUCAAGUCCCUUGUGACGUUCAUUUCCAUUCUCAACACGAGAGGAAACUUCCGGCUACCAGAGCAGUUUGGAGAUGCCAUCACGACUCUGACAGACUACUGCUGUGCACGACUGCAGAAACUUUUUCCAGUCGACGUCACUAACCUCGUGUGCGCCUUGAGCCCUAAACACGACGCGCAGCACGCCGCUGCCUCCGAUGAGUUCUCCCUGUUUUUGCUGGCCAAGUUCAUCCAAGAGCGACCUGACCAACUGAAGCCUGAAUGGCUCGCACUGGUGAUUGAAGCCUACACGCGAGCGGGCCUAGAGGACUCUAUGUUUUACGAGGCGCUGAGCGAACAAGUGAAAAGACAGUUUUCGGCGUUCACGACCCCCGAACUGGUGACGAUCCUCAGUGGUUUUCAGAAGGUUCGAUUUCGAGACCAGGCGCUGCUCACUUUAGCGUACGCUAGCCUGGAGGAGGGUGCACGACGCCAGAUGGGCGCGUCCGCGCUUCUUACCAGCGCCACUGAUCGCGGCGUCACCUCGGAUACCGUCGGCGCAGGAUCGUCAGCAGGUCGAGGCGGGCCAUGGAGGGAAGCAGGUCUGCCUCCCGGCGCUGAACACAGGCACGCAUGCGCCUCGCUGAAGAGUUCUGGAGAGGCGCUGCGCCUGCCCUCACGGUCUGUGGUCGAGAUGGCCAUCAACACAGCAGGUCUCCUUGACGUCACGGAGGUUCCGCUCCAGGCUCUCUGGCGCCUCUACGUAAAGCACCUUCGAACGGAAGUGACCGCUCUCGAGCGACGCCCCGUGGGUGCCUCGCGGCGACGGGCGUUGAUUCAUGAUGUUUCGGCUCUACUGCCGCAAAUGGUUCUUCAACAACCCGAGGAAGCGGCAGAGCUCAUCGACAUAUGGCUGCGCAUAUGCGAACCCGUCUGCAGCGGCGAACUGAAACAGAGAUUCGGAGCGCCUGCUCAGAGACACCGGCUUUUAUGCGAGGCGCAUGAGCUUGGGUUGCUGGCCCCGAUGCCGGCUUCGAAAACACGGACAGAGAAGCUAAAGCAGCUAGACGAAGCACUGCAGCGAACGACUGCGCAAAACGACCGCGGGGAUUCGUGGGCGCCCGAGUCGUCAACGUUUCACGUCGACGUGGCCUCGGCGCUGCUGUCGCUGAAUGUCCGCUACGAGGCUGAAGUUCGGGUCGCGAAGCUUUUCAUUCUCGAUCUGAUCGUCGCCCUACCAGGAGACUGGGCACGCGAAGCGCAACUCGCGUCCCCGCGCGAGACAGCUAGUGCCGAAGCAACUGCCAUCUCAGAACGCGAGGGACAGGAUCCAGAAGCGCGGGGCCUCGAAUUGCCUCGGAGAGAUGAGUUCCGCAGCCCCGAGCGCCUGGGUGUCGUGGAGAGUGUCCCUCCAGACCACACACACACAGACCACGCCGCGGAGAGCCAGGUAGCGGAGUGGAGAGCCCUGUCGGCGUCGCCUGGCGUGCAGGCUGUUGCGUCCAGUCUCUGUGGAAGUCCCAGAGAGGCUAAAGCAGACUACAGCGUGUUGAACGCAACCGUUCCGGACUGCCCCGGGGAGGCCUCGAACAGCCACCAAGGGCACGCGGGAAGACCAGGCGGGCUACGACUUGCGGGCCAGCAGCCAAAGAGGACACAUGCGGCAGCUUCGCCCUCCUUGCGAACGACUGGAGCCUCCACGCUUGAGGCGCCGGGAAAGCGCAGGCCUCCUGGCGACUCUGGGUCGGUCCAGGCGUCUCCGCCGAUUGGGGAAGUUCUCGAAUCUCGGGGAGCGGCCAGUGGAGGUUGCUCAGACUACACGCAUGCUUCCUUCUUGGCAAACGUCUCCGGUGCUCCGAUUCACGGUGACUGCCAGGGGCUCGGCGACGCGCCUUUCGGUGGACCAGGCCGGGCACGCCGCUCGGUAGAAGCUGCCUGGAGGCCAGGCCAUGCGGAGCACACGUGCAGUGCAGUGCCCGAGCUACACGCAAGUCCGUAUGCGAGAGAAGUUGAACGCGAGAUCGAAGAUCCGUGGAGCGUGAAAGAAAGGAAAAAGACCGAGCUUCCGUUCGAAAUUCCUUCAGGCUGGUGA